UCCUCUCACACAGACGGUGGCCACCUUUCCCGCGAGAUCCAGCCAAUGGGCGACGCCCACCGUCCCACUGGCGCUCUCCGGUCACCUCCGGCAACAGUAACCGAUAAACCCAGCGUCCCGACACGCAUCUCCGCGGCCACGUGCCGGUCGCCGUCCGGGCAUCUCCCCCUACCGAUAAGGCAGUGCGGGUGCAGCCAGGCCACCAACCUUCCGUAUAAAUAUUCACUUACCCCCUCGGGAUCCCGAAGAAUCGCACACUCCGCGCUGCUUCUCACCUCGCCUGGCUCUUCCGUUUCGAGGAUCCGGAGCACUCCUCUUUUCUCGCCCCUGGUUCGCUCGCUGGGUGUGUGCUCGCCGGAGGGAGAAGCUGCCGUGGGUGCCCGGAGGAUCUGUAGGGGCGAGAUGGUGGUCCAUCUGGUGCUGGCCUGAGUUUCUUGGCUGCGAGGUUUGAUUUGGGUUUUGGUGGUAGGCGGGAGUUACUGGUAGGAAACAGUGGAGGAAACGAUGAGCUUUAGUGCCGUGGACAUGGAGGAGGAGAGCGGCGCUGCGGCGGCCGCGGCGGCGGCGGAGGAGAUCCGGCGGCUGCCGGCGGAGGUGAACUGGGAGAUGCUGGACAAGUCGCGGUUCUUCGUCCUCGGCGCGGCGCUCUUCUCGGGCGUGUCCGCGGCGCUGUACCCGGCCGUGGUGGUCAAGACGCACCUGCAGGUGGCGCCGCCGCCCGCGGCGGCCACCGCGACCGCCGCCGCCAUCCUCCGGCGGGACGGCCCGAGAGGGUUCUACCGCGGGUUCGGCGCGUCGCUGGCCGGCACGGUGCCCGCGCGCGCGCUCUACAUGGCGGCGCUCGAGGCCACCAAGAGCUCGGUCGGGUCUGCGGCCGUCCGGCUCGGCGUCUCCGAGCCCGCCGCGUCGGCGGCAGCCUCCGCGGCCGCGGGCGUCUCCGCCGCCGUCGCCGCGCAGGUCGUGUGGACCCCCGUGGACGUUAUCAGCCAGCGGCUGAUGGUCCAGACCUCCGCCACCUGCCGCUAUCGCGGCGGCGCGGACGCGUUCCGGAAGAUCCUCGUCGCCGACGGCGUCCGCGGCCUGUACCGCGGGUUCGGCCUCUCCAUCCUGACCUACGCGCCGUCCAACGCCGUGUGGUGGUCGUCCUACGCCAUGGCGCAGCGGUUCCUCUGGCGCGUCGUCGGCGCCGAGCGCUCCGAGAGCUACCCGUCCCUGAUGGCCGUGCAGGGCGCGAGCGCCGCGCUGGCCGGGGGCGCGUCCGCGCUGGUGACCAUGCCGCUGGACACCGUGAAGACGCGGCUCCAGGUGAUGGAGGCCGACGCGGCGCGCCCGACGCUGGCGAGCACCAUGCGCGGGCUGCUCAAGGAGGGCGGCUGGGCGGCGUGCUACCGCGGCCUCGGGCCGAGGUGGGGGUCCACGUCGCUGUCCGCGGCGACCAUGGUGACCACCUACGAGUUCCUGAAGCGGCUCUCGGCCAAGGAGGGCUCCAUGGGCUAGAUCCUCCGUCCCUAACCGUAGCGAUGAUCGUCAAGUGAUGACCCGACCGAAUCGCCUGUGUCCGUCCUGGAACUGGAAGCGAGAUCGAUCGAUGAUCCAUGAGGGGGUGGUUGAUUAGGAUCCUCUCUUGUACAUAUGCUCAAGCUAUUUGCCGUGCUCGUUUCUUGAUCCGGCGCUAUAGAGAGGGUGGGCAGGAAGAAGAACUUGAAAGGGGGGUUUUAGGAUGCAGAAAUUUUGCUGGCUUUUGCUGUGGCGCUGCAGCUUCAGGCCUGUAGCUGCUGCCUCUGAUGAUGAUGAAAGCUUCUAUGGAACGAAGAAUUUCCAGCCAAAACUCAAAACCCGCAUUGAUUUCCCUGUUCAGUACUCUAAUAAUGCAUCUGCAAUUCUGCAUUUGUCAA